UAUAAAUUCCACUUCGACCCUAAUAUUUUUUUAUUUCUGGUAAAAACUUAAAAUCGUCACCAAAAAAGAGAGAGAGACGCUAGAAAGAACAUACAAAGAAAGCGAAGAAAGCUUCCGAAGAAGAUUUGAUUUUUGAUCGAUUUCAUAUUAACAACGAACAACAAAGAUCAUCUGCGUGAGAAAGAAGAAGAGAUUUUUGUAUUUCCCCAUUAAAGAAGAGACUCGACUCUAAAUCCUGGAGUCAUUCACGAUAGAUUCUGUGAUUGCGACUAAGAGGACGAUGGCUAUAUAUGAUCAAACCGGAACCAGUACACAGAAGAAAAGGAAAUCAAGGGCUCGAGCAGAUGGUUUAACAGUAGCUGAUAGGUUAAAGAAGUGGAAAGAGUACAACGAGACUGUUGAAGCUUCGAUUAUUAUACAAGGAGAGAAACCCAGACGCAAGGUUCCUGCCAAAGGGUCUAAGAAAGGUUGUAUGAAAGGUAAAGGAGGACCUGAGAAUCCUCACUGUAGUUUUAGAGGUGUUAGACAAAGGAUUUGGGGUAAAUGGGUUGCAGAGAUUCGGGAACCUAAUAGAGGGAAUAGGCUUUGGCUUGGUACUUUUCCUACUGCUGAAGAAGCUGCUUCCGCUUAUGAUGAAGCUGCUAGGGUUAUGUACGGUUCGUUGGUUCGUCUUAACUUCCCGCAGUGUGUUGGGUCUGAGUUUACUAGUACGUCGAGUCAGUCUGAGGUGUGUACCUUUGAGGAUAAGGCGGUUCUUUUUAGUGAUAUUUGUGUGAAGCAGGAAGAUACAGAUUGUGAAAGUAAACAAUAUAGUCAGAUAUUAGAUUUUCGGGAAGAGUCUGGUGAAACCAGGAUGAACAAUUGUGCGGUUGGACAUCAAAAUAUGGACACCGUGCUGAAUUACGAUUUGCUGAAAGAGUUUGAACAGCAGUAUUGGGGCGAAGCUAUGAAGGAAGAGGUGAGACCAAAGCAGGAAGAAGAGGAGAAAGCAAAGCAGGAAGAAGAAGAGAUGCAGCAACGUCUAUAGCUACAGCAGGAACAGCAACUGCAACUGCAACCUGAUUUGCUUACUGUUGGAGAUUAUGGUUGGCCUUGGCCGAGUGAUCAGGAGCUUUGGGAUCCUAAUGAGUUGUUUGAUAUUGAUGAACUCCUUGGAGACAUAAAUGAAGACAUGUUACCUAGUCCUGGUCAGAGCGAGGACCAAAACCACAUAAAUUCUGGUAGUUGUGAUAUGCAUCCGCUUCAUCUGGAGCCACACGAUGGUCACGAGUUCGAUGGUUUGAGUUCCCUGGAUCUUUGAGAGUUCUGAGGCAAUGGUCUACAAGACUACACCAUAAUCUUUGGAUUGAUCAUAGCAGAAACAAGAGAUAAGUAUUAAUGAGCUGAUUUAUUGGGGCAAAUAGUUUGAACAGCAGUAUUGGAGCAAAUUUAUUCAACCUUUGAACCUUGAACUUUUUUGUAAAUGAUGCUUGUUUGUGAACAGAUAAGUGGCGUAGGAGCAACACGUGUUAAUAAGUGGAGCAAUCUGUUCAAAUCUUCAGAUGAACUUUCAUCUCAAGCAUGUAAAGGUGUUGAAUCUAGGACAUCUCCUUCUCAAGUUCCGUCUUUCCGCCAAGACAGUGGAGGUUUCAGAAAUGCUUCAAAGGAAGGUGAAGAUGUCAAAGUGAAUCCUUAUCAUCACUAACAAAAUUAUCCAUCCAACACAAAAGGGAACCUCUACUACAGCUAACAAUAGAAUAGGAUGUAGCAUUAGCAAGGAAGAUCCUGCUGAGGAUACAUAUUCAGUCAUCGGUUGGGAUGCAGCAUCUUCCUUUCAAGUCCAUCUAGAUGGACUGAACAAGAUUUUGGAGGACCCUAAGGAUAAGGAUGGUCUCCAGAGCUUUGUGGGUAACAUGGGAGCAGCUUCGUCAUCGAUGGUGCAUAAUUCUUGGGAGGAUGAGAAGAUUUCCGGGGACUUUGAGGAAAGAAGCAUAGCUAAAUCUCCUUGUGGAUCCUCCUAUGUUUCCGCCACUACAGGAGAUGUGGUUGAUGACAUCGGACGUAUGGAUCAUUUCAAGAUGGAAACGGGAUCCCCCACCUUCGUGGAUAUAUUGACUGAGAUAUUAUCGGAAGUGAAGGAGUUGAAGCAUACUCAGAUGAAACGAGCUGAGAGGAUGAUUACUUUGGAGAUGGAGCUGCUUGAAUCAAGAAGGGAGAUACUUCGGCUAAAAGGGAGCAAUGGAAGUUUUUAAGCACAUGCAUGGUAAGCUCAAAUUAAGAAUAAACCCUUGGGGUUUGUAAUGCUUCUCUAGCUACUUCUCGUCUUUUGAACAUAUGUGAAGAAGAAAAAAAGGAAUAUGGAAAUGAUUUGACUUGGUAUGCUUCAGUUUCAGUAUGUCUUACUGAAAAAUAGGUAUAUGAUAGUUUUUUACUCA